AAUUGUUAACCAGUGAGAGUAUUAUAAAGUGACCAGACAAGUCUACUCACCAAACUGUUUAGACCUGACAGUAAACUUUUUGGUUGCAGUAUUAUGACAAGAGAAGAUCCCUACAGAGAAGAAUUUAGUUAUGACAGGAUGCCAACCCUGGAGCGGGGAAGACAGGAAGCUGUGCAUUAUUCUCCAGAUAUAAAAUCCAAUGACCUUCAGCUAGCAAAAAGAUUCCAUCCCUGUUUCAGUUAUCGAACAUGGAUCUUUUCUUUGUUGAUGGGGAGUUGCCUUCUUAUCACUUCUGGCUUUUCGCUUUAUCUGGGAAAUGUUUUCCCUUCUGAAAUGGAUUAUUUACGCUGUGCAGCAGGUUCAUGCAUUCCUUCAGCAAUUGUGAGUUUUGCUAUAGCACGGAACAAAGUAAAUGUGAUUCCAAACUUUCAGAUUUUGUUUGUUUCGACAUUUGCCAUCACGACAACAUGUUUAGUUUGGUUUGGAUGUAAACUUGUCCUGAAUCCAUCAGCAAUAAAUAUAAAUUUCAAUUUGAUUCUGCUAAUUCUACUAGAAAUCUUAAUGGCGACCACAGUAAUCAUUUCUGCAAGAUCUAAUGAAGAAUGUUGUAAAGGAAAGAAGAAUGCCAUAUGUGAUAGUUCCAACAUUUUGAACAAUGUAACCUUUCCUACUCGAGUCCUGAAAUCCUAUUCAGUUAUUGAAAUAAUUGUUGGAAUCUCUGCAGUAUUUGGUGGUAUAAUUGCUUUGAAUAUGGAUGUGUUAGUUUCAGGCCCAUAUCUUUCAGUGACAUUCUUUUGGAUUUUGGUGGCAUGUUUUCCAAGUGCCAUUGCCAGUCAUGUAGCAGCUGAAUAUCCAAGUAAAUGUCUGGUCGAAGUUCUGAUCGCAAUAUGCAGCAUCACUUCUCCAUUGUUGUUCACGGCUUCUGGAUAUUUGUCUUUCAGCAUAAUGAAAAUUGUUGCCAUCUUUAAAGAUUAUCCACCAGCAAUCAAACAAUCUUAUGACAUCCUGCUGCUGCUCCUAAUGCUGCUGUUGCUGAUCCAAGCUUUCCUUACCAUUGGCACUGUCAUACAAUGUGUUGGUUAUAAAAUUAAAAUGAAGUUGCAAGACUCAUCUUGGGGUGGCUCCCAGAUAAAUAAGCAAGACUAUAAAACUGUAGAGGUAUCCAAUAACACACUGAAGGAAUUUGACAAAGACAAAGCCUGGAAAGCUGUUGUGGUACAGAUGGCGCAGUGACCUGAAUGGCCUGGAGGGGGCGCAAGGGGAGGCGGCUUCCCUGAUGUCCCAGUCAUUCUAGAUUUUAUCAUUUUCAUUGGUGUUUGGGCUAUCCCAUACCUGUCUAACCCACCGUAUUCAUCCUUGUGUUCACUUGACCCAUGUAAAGCCCCACUGACCAUGUCCAAGAUAAGAUGAAAUAGCGAGGUUGUAGAGUUAUAGGUUGUUUUAUGGCCCUUUGGUCUUGAGUAAGGCAUACAUUUGGUCGUGCUGUUGUUCUGGAAUAUUAGAGAAUUAAUGCUUCUCAGUUGUCUUGAAAAUGCGGUUAUUAGAACCUGAGAGUUGUCUUACUGGAUCCGACCCAUUGUUAAUUCAACACAGUAUUCUAUUUCAUAGUUACCAUGGAAUACGUUGAGGAAGGUUGUUGUUGUUGUCUUUCUCAAUGGAUUUUGGAAUAUAAGGAUAUGCCCUAAAUAUAGUCAGUUUUCCUUUUCCUUAUGAGUCCAUCAUCCACUAAUUUAUCCAAACCCUUUAAAAACCAGUUCUUUGUAGCGCCUCUUCAAAUGAUGACAUUUAGCAAUUGUGCUGCAAGCUCCGUAAGGUAGGACUGCUUCUGUUUGUUUUCAACUUUCAAAAUGUACCCUUCUAGUCUCAGUUCUAGUCGGCUGAGAUUUGGUGAGGAAAUCUACUUUUAUUGAGGUUGGUAAUUUAAUAGAUUUUAGUCGUUUCCCCAUUUCCCCUCUGAGCGCUAAGCUUAACAGACUGAGGAAUUCCAGUCAUUUAAAUCUGUCUUCAUUCCCUAGAUCGUUGCAGUCCUUCCUGCCUCUGUGUCUCUGUUUCUCUCUGUCUCCCUCUUCUUUCCAUAACUAGUUAUGGUAUUCCAGAUGUGGAUACCGCAUAAUUGACCACAAAAGGAGAUUAACAUUUUCUGUUUUGUAUCUCAUCUUCUUCUUGAACCUAAUAUAUUGGGCCCAGAUCUGUAGGGAAUGGUAUCUGAUACCUUGGUCUUAUUCUUGGUCAUCACAGCUCAGAGACUAUCUCAUGCAUAUAGUCUGAAUGUUUUUUUCCCUUAUUGAAACCCAUAUACUUAAUUUCCUGAUACUUAUGAAGAGAUUUGCAAGUUGUUAUAGUUUAUCCCUUUGGGCUUGAUGUAUCAUUAUUAAUCAGAUGAAUCCCUCAAAGCUACAGAUCUUGCUAAUUAUUCCUUUUUCCUCUAGACUUUGGAUAACCAAGCAACAAAUAAUCUUAUUGCAAUUGGUGAGAAAUUUCAUAAAGUAGAUAGAGCCUUGUAGGGACAGACUAUUUUAUGAUAUAACUCCCUGCUUUUUGAUUUUAAGCCAAUGUCCUAUUUGUGACAAAAUAGAUUUCCCACCUCUUUGUGAGUCUUUUAUAUUUUUGGCAGACAGUCUUUGGUGUGGAACCCUGUCACAACCUUUGGAAAGUCCAAAAUAUUCUAUUAACAGAUUCCCCUUUGGCCUCAAUGAAUAAUAUAUUUGUCCCCAGUGUUUCUUUUACACUGUUUUCCUUUCCUCACUAGAUCUCAUUUAAGCUUUCCAUGGUCAGAUCUUCCAGCCUUGUCUGGGACACUGAGGUUUAAAGACCCUCAUGACCUUUCUGACUUUGCCUCCUUAAAGUUAAGGAGUCAACCUCACUGUAGAAAAGAGCGAUCAUUUGAAAAGUCCUUCCAAUAAGUUGCUCUUUCAUAAUGACAGUACAGUGUUACUGUUCUUUAGUCCUUUUCUGCCUUCCUAAUCCUUUCUCUUAGGCUUUUCACAAACUUGAAGAAAAAAUGGAGGUUACCGUAUCUUUUUUUUUUUUUUUUUUGCCAAGUGGCAAAGAUGUUAACUGGGCUGAUGAAAUAAUGGUCAGUGAGGAGAUUUUCCACGAUUGUAGCAGUAGGUCAUCUUAAUGACUGCUUCCUUGGCUCACUCAAGCCAAUGUACUUGGCUUCCUUUGGUACUGAUAUUUGCAUGACUUGGGUCAGAUAAUUUUAACUCAUCACAAUGGCAGAGUUUAAACUAAGAAGUGCACUUCGACUUUUGGGAUCCUUGUGGAUGAGUUCUCUGCAUGAGUCUAGGAAUUUAACUAGGUUCUAACCAGGCUUAUGCUCUAUUUGCUUGUUAGUGUCAGUUCUUUUCUUUUUAAUAGUAUUUUAUUUUUCCAAAUAUAUGCAAUGAUCUCAUGUGACCCAUGGAAAGGGUCAACAUUAACCUUUGCAAAACUCUUUGUUCCAAAUUUUUCUCCCUCUCUCCCCCUUUUUCCCCUCCUAAAACAGCAAGCAAUCUCACAUGGGUUAAACAUGUGCAAUUCUUCUAAACAUAUUUCUAUACUCAUCAUGCUGUGCAAGAAAAAUCAGAUCAAAAGGGAAAAACAUGAGAAAAAAACCAAACAAUGCGGUAAAAGUGCUAUGCUUUGAUCCACAUUGUCUCCAUACAUCUUUCUCUGGAUGGGGAUGGCUUUUUCUAUCGCAAGUCUAUUGGAAUUGUCUUAAAUCACCUCACUGUUGAAAAGAGCCAAGUCCAUUACAGUUGAUCCUCACAUAAUCUUGUUACUGUGUAUAAUGUUCUCUUGGUUCUGCUCACUCAACAUCACUGAUGCUCACUCAGCAUCAGUUCAUAUAAGUUUCCAGGCUUUUCUGAAAUCUGAAUCUGAGCAUUUCUUAUAGAACAAUAAUAUUCCAUUACAUUUAUAUACCAUAAGUUACUCAGCCAUUCUCCAACUGAUGGGCAACCACUUGAUGUCCAGUUCCUUGACACUAUAAAAAGUACCGCUACAAACAUUUUUGCACAAGUGGGUCCUUUUCCCUCUUUUAUGAUCUCUUUGGGAUCCAGACCUACUAGAAACAUUGCUGGAUCAAAGGGUAUGCACAGUUUCUUAGUCCUGUGGGCAUAGUUCCAAAUUGCUCUCUAGAAUGGUUGGACUAUUUCACAACUCCACCAACAAGGCAUUAGUUUUCCCACAACCCCUCCAACAUUUAUCAUUAUCUUUUCCUCUCAUCUUAGCCAAUAUGAGAAGUUGUCAAUUCUUUCCUAAGGUAAUUUCUAAAGGGUUCUAAAAGGCACAAUGUUAUUAAUGGUCCUGGAAAGCAAGCUACUCAUUGAUGUACAUUGUAUUGAAUAGGCAAAAGUAGAAUCACCAUAUGGAUCAGUUUGGGGUUUGGAGUCCCUUGCAAAUAAAUGCUGAGUUAAAUGUUAAGGUAUCCCAAGAUCUGAAAUGAAAUUUUCUGUCUGUGGUACACAGAAUCUUACACCAAAGUCAUAAUUCAAGAUUCAACAUAUUUGUCCCCAAAUUAGUUACCAGUGUCAGAAAUUAGGUGAUUCAUUAUUUUUCCUUUGGCUGCUCAAUAUAUUUAAUAUUCCAAAAUGACACAUCACCCACCCUAUUUAAAGCUUUUUUUUUUUACACUUGCUUACUAGUGUCAGGUUCUGAGCUCAUAGGGAGGUGGAUGUUAUUAAUAUUAGUGUUAGAACAGAGUAGUGUGUACUUUUAGCUCAUAGUGCCAUAGAAAAGUUAACUAGCUUUGGACCUGGGAAUCAUAUCUUCAGUAGUAAUUUUAUCAUUUCCGAUUUACACUUGAGCUGGAAAGCCCAACAAAAUAGAAUAAUUGUCAUUUCCAACAUAAUUGUUAAUUUUAAUUCAUAUUUCUGUUAUGGUGUAUCUUCAUGUUGUUUUCAUAAUAAAUGCUGCUCAUUGAAAAAAA